UCGACGAGGAAAACCGCACUUUACGAAUGAUGGAACGCCUCAACAUCAUUUCCUUAUAUAGCAAAAUUGGCACACAUACGCAAAGUCCGGGAAUCUGGCAUCGAAUUGAAUUCAAUUGACUACAAUCGACUAUGAAAUGGCCAAUAAUUCAGAUCGAUCAACCAAUGAUAUAUCGUGAUCCCACGAAACGCAUGCACGCAUACAUGGAGAGAGAAGGUCGUGAACAUUAAUGCGUCUCCCCGAUGUGACAGACAGACCGCGUGUCCGUCGAGCCGGACGGGGACACAGAAGGAGAGGCGGAGUUCAACGAGCGGUCGUGCUCGAAAUCGAGAAUACGUCCCUCUAAGACGACAAGGUCGUGUAAAUCGGGCUUCGUAGCGUGCGCUUUUCGGAGAGGAAGACAGCGCGUUCGCGCUCCCCGGCAAACGGGUAUGCAAAGGAGAAGGAGAAAAUAAGAGAACGGCGGAGAGAGGAUGCUGCUGCUGGAGAGAAGAAGAGUCGCCGCGCCUCCCUACCUUCGGGGAUACCACGUAUAUCGUCUCGACACCGACGCGAGAACGCGAACUCUGCCUGCCCAUGCCAGCGAUGGUCGUAUGGUGGUGGGUCGUCGCGCUGCAACAAGAUGAUAGUGGUGCCUCACACACACACACACAUACCACUAUGGUGAUGGUGGCGAUGGUAGUGAUGGUGGGGCGGCGGGUAGGAAAUUACGGGGAACGCGCUUUUAGGCGAGGACGAGCGUCCGUAGUCGUGUCCGAGCCGCGAGAGGAGCCGGACCUCCACCAGGAGUCCGUUUGUGCCAGGAGGCCGAGAUUUUCACGCGUCCGCGUCUCGCUUCGAUGAGCGAGCGACGAAAACGCACUUGGGUCCUUGCGCGCGACAUUCCCGAACGAGUGUCGUAGAAUCGCGCUCGUUUCCCGCCCGGGUCGCCGGACUGGCUUGGCAGGCCACGAGCACGUGUGUGCGGUGCGCGAGUGCGAGACGACGACGACGACGACGACGAUUGUACCCGAGCGCCGCUCGGGGUGUCAGUGGUGCGUACGUACGUACCAUAAAAGGACGACUGGACGUUUGUGUGCAUGUAUCGCAUCGUUGUCAGGAGUGACAGGUCGAGCGCGGUGCGGAGCGGAGGAACCUAUCCUUCUGAUUUGAUCCUAAACGGAACUGAAUCCGGGGAGCGGAGAACGCACCGGAUACCUCGCGUGCUUCCACAUUUAUGGCGUGUUAGUAAUUCACGGAGAGAUCAAGUGUAUUCGCCGCCAGUCAGGUUUACGAGAUAGCGAUAGAAGCGCAGAGGGAUCGCACCCGCCGAUCAUACGCACGCACGCACGCACGCACGCAGCAAGCAAGCAAGCACGCACAAACGAACGCACGCACGCACGCACGCACGCACGCACGCAUGAAGGUCCCAUGGCUACCGGAUUGGUAAAGUGGUGGCGAGCAAGGUUCCUCGCCGGCUACAGACCCUUUUCUGUUGUGGGGACUAACACGGAAGGUAGCGAUUCCGAGGAGUUGCUGACGGGGGUCCCGACGACCUGCAACAUCUCGUCACCGCCGACGACGGAAUCGCAACCGACUUUAAUUUCCCCUGCGGAGCCACCGCAGGUAGCGGUUGAUGGCCCGAGCGUACCUGCAGCAGGACCUACCGGUAAUGACGAACAGCCUACUUGCGGUACAACGAAACAACUUAGUUUCGAGGAAUUCGAAUGCGACGUGUCGGUCGCGGAAGGUGACAAGAGGCGGCAGGAGUUCUCUUUCACCCUGUACGACUUCGACGGCCACGGGAAGAUUACCAAGGACGACAUAGCCGGCCUGGUGACUACCAUCUACGACACCCUAGGCGCCUCGAUACAGGUACCUCCGUGCGGCAGUAAGACGAUCAAGGUGAAGCUGACAGUGUCGCCGGAUCAGCGAGCCAGCAGCAGCAGCAGCCAGACGCCGCGCAAUCCCGCCACCGGUCCUUGUCCCGCAAAUGCCACGCAAACGUCGCAGACAACGACGUUGCCCGGUAAUGGUGGCCAUCAGCAUGGCUCGUCCUGUUGCCAUUUGAAGCAUACCAUCCCGUGCAGCCAUGCAACUGUCGCUGCGACACGUGUCACCGCCCGGCAUUGUGCGAGUAGAGUUCCUAGAAGGAGGAGAGCAACGCGGUAUCGUUGUCAGACUGAGCGGAAAGAAGUAGAGACUCACAGUGAAGAUGAGGAUGAAAAUGCUCGUGCAAAUCGAGUACAACAGGAGGAGCUACGCAAAAGAGUCGGUCCGGUGCCCCAUUUACCUUCUCCCUAUUCAAACAGCUCGGAGGGUGAUGUGAGCGACGAUAGUGAUACUUCCCCCGCGUUCUCGCCAUUAACACCUCUUCUUAUGACGAAUCAGAGGAAACGGAGUGGCGCUCUGCAAAGACAACAAUUGUUGGAAAUUAUUCAGGCUAACAUGGAGAAAAAUAAUCUCAGUUUUCACACAUCAAGGAAACGGCAUCAAAACGAGCAACCGCGCAUUCCAUCUCAGAGUCCCAAUCUAGGAACCUCGAAUCACAAUAAUCAAGACUGUCAAGCAUCUCUGGAGCCUCGUCAGACGGCUGCCAACUAUCACAAACCGAUCCGGGAAAAUACAACGACUCAUUCCGCGUCCUUCCCCAAAACACCGGCGAAAUCGCGGACGGCGAAUCUCAGGAAAACACGGCACACGACACCGAGGAACAAUACGGUACAUUCCUCCCCUCAGACAUACUCGCAGGUCCUAAAUCGUAACGUCAUCGUGCCGACGACGACGGUCUACAACGAUACGCCGCAGCACACGACUGCCAGCAACACGACCCACCGCAACAUCGUUAACCUCGUGCCCAACAACAACCAGCAGACUGCCAAUCAUCAGACAAUUACCAAUAAUCACAACAAUUUGCAGCGCAAUGACACGCAGUUCGUUCCCUCGCAACAGUGCGGCAGAUCUAAGAAGCAUCAGCUGAAGCACGCAACGCGAGAACAGGACCAGGCCCGAGCGAUGGCCCAGGUCGUGCGUUGGCUCGAACGCGAAUUCUCGCAGAACGCGGUGGCGGCCACGUCAAGCCGUAGACAUGUUCACGAGCACAUACACCAUCACUAUCAUCAUUAUCACGCCGAAGCUCUGGUCUAAUCGGCGAUCGCGUAAAGUCGUUUUUUUUAACGUCUCAGAUUUUUCGAAAAGCUUACAAUAUGAUCGAAUAUAUUUUAGGACGAAUUUUAUUUGCAUUUAUAUUGUUGUUAUUUCGAUAUCGACUUUAAUAUUUUUCAAACAGCAUCAUAAGUUGCGUUUCACUUUCGAGCUCAUAUAUAUAUUGCCCACUAUAUAGAUCUUGAGAAAUCGCAUGCGACAUCAAUAUAUAAAUUAUUCAUUGAAUCUCCAGUUUGUUUUCUUGUACGAGGCAAACUGUAUAUAUCGCAUCGUUCGAUUAUAUAUAUAUUCCUAGUGCUAAUACGAAUAAUGAUGAUACGUCACGUAUUUUUUUUUUUUUAAUAUAAACGACUGAGUUUUCUCCACCAGAUAUCGAAAAAUGCGACAUGCUUGUGAUGCUUUUCGAUACCUUUGUUGGUAGCAUCGUCUAGACAAGAUGGAAGAUCUUUUGACUCUUCUAUAUUAUAAAUAGCAAACUGCAAUUGUCUAAAAUCAUUGUAAGAGACAUAUAUAAACUAAACGCAUCAUUUGCGCGAGUUUUUCCUUGAAUAUAAAUAUAGUUACUAUAAAAAUCUCAGGCUUACAAUUUAUCACAUUACUUGACAAAUGCAUUUCAGGAUUUGGAAAUGAUAUAUACGUUGAUUAUUGUGCAUGCGUGGAAAGAAUGAAAAUUUCAUUCUUCCUCGAAAAAAAAAAAAAUACAGACGUUCCUUUUCACUCGAACUUAUAGUAAACUACGGCUACUCAUCAUUGUACAUAAAAAUAUCCCAAAGAGAGUUCUUCUUCCAGUAUGCAGACGUUAUAAUUAAGAGAAAUAAACGGUUUAGAGUCGUAACGAUUUAAAAAAAAUAAAAGCAAAGCGAAACACGGUCUCUUGUACGAAUGUUCCUGUAAUUAAAGGUUGAUAAUUUUUUUCGCCGACAUAAUAUUCCUCAAACGGAAGUUUAAUGGUGCUUGUAUAACGUAUAUAUAGUAGACUUUCAAGCAAACGGAAUUUCUUUGAUAAAGAAGUGUUUCAUUCUUUCAUACAUACUUUUGUCGCGCAAAUAGAUUGUUCGGCUUUAAGAUAUUCUUCUUCCGUGAAAAUCCAUUCAAGAGAUAAAGGAAAGCUUUUAACAAAUUAAGCUUUAGAACAAGAUGAAAUAAUACUCUAAUUAAUUAAUGGUGCGCGUGCGAUUGAACUUUAAUAAGACUUCAAGGUAUGAGAGUUCUAAAGAUAUAGCGUUAAAAACUUUCGUGCUGAGAAAAAUCUGACGUUUAUGAAAUACGUCUUGUGUAUCUCGCUAGUCCUAAAUUAUGACGAAGGUCUUUCGUUAUCCGUCAAAUACGAUGGAUAUCUAGAAAGGGAGUGACCAUGAAAUUCUUACUCUAGUGCCUUGUAAUCUAUAACUAUGUACUUGCGAACAAUAUUAGUUUUUUUUUUUGCAAAUCUCUUUUUUUACUCAUCACACAUGCGAAUCAAGUUCAUCCGGUGUGUUGGACAUUAAACUAUAUUAUUAAGAUUCGCGUGUCGUUGCUAUUGUAAGACUCAUUACGAGAACUUGAAUGAUUGUUAAAACGGCGAUUAUUCACCACCAUUGACACGUGCGUGUGAACGUGAAUUAUGAAUGUCGACAAUAUCUCUCAAAUCAAUAAUGGAGAAAAGUAUUAUGAUUACUUUUAGCGCGUUUAAUAGCGCGAAUAAUAUUACAUGCAACUAAUAUUAAGAUUAGAUAAAUUGAGAGAGAGAGAGACCCUCCCUACACAUUAAAUGAAAUGUGUAGGGAAGUCCUCGAGAAUAUUAUUAUGUUGCGAAUCAUGUAAUUUUAUAUAUAUUGAUAUAUAU